AUGGGAACUGACGGUGAGCAGCCGUUUACGUUGACCUAUAGUGGACAAAGUGAUGGUCUCACAGGCAGUGAGCAAGGCCAGAUAGAACUGCUUCCGGUGGAAAUCCUAACAGAGGUUCGACGGGAAGAGGCGGUCACGCUGAUGGGCAAUGGCGUCAUCCAGCGAGAGACCUCCAAGGGAAAUUGCCUUCAGAAGGUAUUACAGCUUCGUUUCCUUCCCAUCCUCACAUUCGCCUGGAACUGUACAGCUUUUGUGACUUCUUACGCUAUAGCAGUCAGCAAGGGACAUGUAGAACCUGACUUCCCCUACAUAAGCCAUACAGCGGUGGAGGUGCCAGAGCGGGGCAUUUUCAGCCAAAUGGUUAAUUUAGGAGCCCUCAUGUUUGCAGCCAACAUGUACAUCAAAUACCUUCAGGUCAAGGCUGUCAUCCUGACCACAACGUCUGAUCGUCCUCGUGACAGACGUCUUAAUAUUGCAUCCCUGGUUGUCGGCUUCACUUCAGCUGUGGGGAUGACUGUAGUGGCAAACUUCCAGACUCGGGUGAUGCGUGAAGCCCACUACACAGGUGCCUUCUUGGCUUUCACGGGCGGCAUGAUCUACUGCUGGCUGCAGACGUCGCUGUCACUCAUCCACAGACCCUGGUCGAAGAUAACUGUCUUCCAGAUCACCAACAGCAUUUUACUGACAAUUUUUCUCUUCAUGUUUGGCAUUAGUAAAAUUGUGUUCAAGAAUAUGGAAGCAGCUGGCCACGGAACAAAACAUGACACUUUGCGAGAUGUUUACCUUGUGUCUACGAGUACAGAGUGGCUGACAGCCAUAUUUACUAUAACGUACGUGUUGACAUACUACAGGGACUUUUCCUUCAUACGCUUCAAUUUCCCCAGUGUACACAUUAGGAAUGAACAGAAUCCUAGUUCAAGUUCAGGACACACUGGUAGAGUUGACGUAUAA